UUUAUUUAUAAAAUGACUGACAAUUCAGAAGUAGCCAACAAUGAAAAAGGUAAAAAAAGUGAGGUAGAAUUAUUGAUGGAUGAAAUUCCUCUCUUGAAAGAAUUAUUUGAGAUUCAUUACAAAGUCGGUGAGGGAACAUUUAGUAAUGUUUACUUAGCAACAAUGAAAUCUAACUGUGAUUCCAAGAAAUUCGCAAUUAAACAUAUCGUGCCAACGUAUCCACCAUCUAGGAUUGAACGUGAAUUAAAAUGUUUGCAAGAAAUUGGUGGAGCUGAUAAUGUCGAUUAUGUGGGUGAUAUGAACCAAAAUGAACUUAAACAGUACAUGAGAGCUUUAUUAAUAGCUUUACGUAAAGUACAUUUAUUCAAUAUUAUUCAUCGAGAUGUGAAGCCUAGCAAUUUUUUAUAUGAUCGUCGCCAUAAAAAGUACUUAUUAGUAGAUUUUGGAUUAGCUCAAAAUUAUAUUGAAGAUAUACAAAAUAAUAAUAAUAAUAGUAUUAAUAGUAAUUUAAAUGACCACUUUGAAAAUUUAUCUAUGAAAAGAAAGCGUGGUGAUGAGAAUAACCGACAAUCUCAAGCAACACUAAAGAAGUCUAUAGUGGAAAGUAAAUCUUGCUGCUUUGGAAAACCUCAGGUGUGCUCUAACUGUUUGUUAAAGCCGUCACAAGUUGCUUCGAGAGCUGGUACUCCUGGGUAUAGACCACCUGAAGUUUUGUUAAAAUAUCCGCAUCAAACCCCAGGUUUAAAAUUCAAUAGACGUAUGGGCAAGUGGAAUAAUAAUGCUGUGCAUUCUAAGUGCAACUCAGCCAUUUUUUCGAUGUCCAGAUGAUACUACUGCGUUAGCAGAAAUGAUAACAGUAUUUGGUAGUGCAAAAAUUCAACAGUGCGCUAAUAAACUGGGUAAAAAAUUAAUUUGUAGUGAAAAUAUAACAGGAAUUGAUUUGAUGACACUUUGUCAAAAAUUGCGCCAAAGAAGUUACAAUAUUUCCCAACAAAAUAACACUUCUAAUAACCGAAAGAAUACAUUAGCUGAAAAUUAUCCACCCGAAGCAUAUGAUUUAUUGUCACGUUUAUUGGACG